CGAGUAUGAAGAAGGCACUUUCAUAAAUGAUUAAACCAUGAAGUUGAUUUUAUGUGUUGGAUUCUUUCUAAAUUUAUUUGUCGGAAGAAACUCAGUUGAAGCAGUGUCUGAUCCUUGCAACGAUCGCAUUCAUGAACACUUUCCCGACUAUCCAGGAUUAAGAAAUGAGGACUGCAAAAUCAAAACGGAAAGGUGUGAUAAAUACAUCCCAUCAGGACGAUGGUUCGUUUUCCAAGAUGCAGUAAUGUUAAACCAUCCACCAGUCGGUGGGUCAUGUGGAGUUGACUACCCAGCUUGGUUAAACGGUUCGUUUCCAUCGGUCAGAGAUGAUAUUGUGAACCGAACGAUAUGCAUAAAACAAGCUUCAGACGUCUGUUCAAAAACGGUUGAAAUACGACUGAAGAACUGCUCUGAUUUCUAUGUGUACAAUUUAACACCACUACCCGACUGCACGAGUGUGUACUGUUUUGAAUCGAGCCUCCCCUGCAUAGAUCCCACUACAACAAAGUCGACGAUGUCAUCUUCUACGUAUACAUCAAGCUCUAACACAACGCCCAGAAGGCCAAAAUCACCUUACGAUUAUCGCGAUUUAUUGAUUGGAAUCCUUACUGCGAUAGGAUGUCUAGUGGUUCUAGGAUCUGCUAUUCUUGGCCUGAAAUUGUGGAAGUCUAACAGAUGCCCUAUGCGAGCGACUAAAGUAAUGAACAACACACCUCCACCCUACUCCGAGGUCACCAAAAUAAUAUGAAUAUAUUUUGAAUACGAAUAUUAUUCCAACGUUGAAUAAUGACUGGUAUUUCAUCUGACUUAUUUCAUUUGUUCUGUUCUGUUAUGCUGCAUGACAUGUAAUUAAGGAAACAUUUCUGAACCCCUGGAGAACUAUUCCAGUUGUUUGUUUCCAUCAAUGAUAUUUAAUAAGAAAUUCGCAGACUGUCGAACCAUUAUGUUAAACUUUAUUUACAAAUAAAGCCUGAAAAAAAGUGACAAUACUAUUAUUAGAAUUGUUGUUAAGACAUGUGUUUUCCAUUUAUUACACUAAUUUACAUAUACUUAUACCAGCACUUUACGUUAUAUAUUUUUAUAACAUUAUUUCUUAGUGAUUUUAAUAGCUCUUUGAAUAGCUAUUAGUAAGUCUUAGUAAGGAGUAGAUUAAAGCAUGCAAUAACUUUUUGCAAUAAUAAAACAUGUGCUUGUAUUAAUUGGAUCUAAGAACGAUGCAGCUAAUCGGAUUACUUGUUAUUAAUAACUGACCAAUUGAGUGAAUGAAGUAUUUAUGACAUUUAUAAUACUUACUUAAGUUAAAUAAUGAAUACAAGCCAUGCUCUGUUCAGUUUGCAUUAUUCUUACCUUUUAAUGCAAAUACAAUGUAUUUAAAAAAAUCCAGUUAAAAUGGAAGGGCAUGGCAGAAUAAUCUUGAAAUAAAUUUCCCAGAGUUUCAGCAUUGAAGUUUUAGCUUAGCGCUGUAAAUGCACAUAAUGAACUUAAUGUAUCUCAUUUUUUUCUAUUGUAAUAAUUAUUUUUGUUUUCUUUGUUUAUAUUAAACCGUUUUGACAU